CUGAGGAACAUCUCCUGAGACAUUAUAAAUCAAGAAAAGGUGCAGAAGAUCUCAGAAGAAAUGAUGACCUGGAUGAAUGCCAUCCUCUACCUCACAACCAUCUCCAUGGUACAGGGAUUGCCAGCUUUUAUGCAAGGAAACCAAAGAAGAAUUCCUCUUCAACAAUCUAACCACAAAUUAAGAACUUCAAGCAGUCUUGGUGGACAACCAAACUCUCAAAAUAUGAAGCACUCACCUUUCAUGAUGCAGCUCUAUCAGACUCUUAUUAUGGGGAACGACACAGGUCUGUCCAGCCUUGAGCAUUCCAUUCUUCAAGAUUCAGACACAGUCCUAAGCCUUACUGCCAAAAGAUGCACCAAGAUGGACAAUCAUCGAUCACUCUACUUUGAUAUAUCCUCUCUCUCAAGCAGUAAUGAGAUUCAAUUGGCAGAGUUAAGGAUUCAACUUUCUCCUUCAGAGAAAACACAAGAUAUGAUAAUGCAUAUCUACCACAGCAAACAAAGUUCCAAGAGGCUGUUUCUCAAGUCCUUUCACAUUGAUUCCUCUGUAGCAAUAGGUGGCUCCUGGAAAGUCUUCAACCUCACGAAAAUUUUAAAUACUUAUCUCCACCUUCAUCAAAGUUCAGAUUAUGAAGACUUCAUGGGGCAUGGAGGCUCAUCUCAGAGGGAUCAUGAGAACAGUUGCACAGACAUAUCUACUGACAGGGUCCUAUUAAUGGUGUUCACCAAGGACAACCCUUCUGCUAAUGUCAAUGGAUAUCCCAACCUCAUCCAAACAGUGGAGUCUUCUAAACACGUGAUGACACCAGAAGUAACAAGCAAACAUGGUAUCAAAAAGCACAGGAAGAACAGAAAUGCAAAACACAGCAUCAUAAUGAACAACUUUCCAUCCCAAACCAUGGAUGAUGGAAAUGGAAAACCCUUGUGCAGAAGGGUUAAUAUGAUGGUGGACGUUGAGAAGUUCGGGUGGGGGGAUCUGGUUAUCUACCCAAAGAAAUUUAAUGCCUACAGAUGUGAAGGAGCCUGUCCCAUUCCCUUGAGUGAGACCUUUAAACCAACCAAUCAUGCUUACAUUAUGAGUUUGGUGAAGCUAUUCAGUUCAGAUAAAGUUGAAUGUGCUUCCUGUGUCCCGGUGAAGAUGAGACCUUUGUCCAUACUGAUGUAUGAGGAGGGAGAAGUGGAAAUGAAACACCACGAAGAUAUGAUUGUAGAAGAAUGUGGAUGUCAUUGAGGAAAUGCUAAAACAUAUGUCACAAGUAUUAAAAAGAUGCAAAGUAAUCAGUGACUUUAAAGGAAUAAUGGCACUUUGCAGUGUCUGGUGAAAGGCCUGCUGAACUCUGAUUAGAGCCUAAAAGAGUCCGAAAACUGGAGCCAGAGGAAGAAAAGAAACACUUUAAUUGCUGGCCUGCACUACUGACCUGGACUGGAGAUAAAACUCGGCUGAUAAAGGGCAAAUACUUUUUUUUUUUUUUUAAAUCAUUUUUUUUUAUU